AUGGAAAAAAAGUACAAUCUUUCUCUUGAUUCAGUGAUCACUGCGGAAGAAAUUCGUUCCGUAUUGCUGUCGAAAGGAAGCCGCCAGAGAUUCGACAUGGGAAAAGAAGACGCCCCGAUCAGAGACCAGUUUCUGAUCACGUUGCAUAUUGCGCUAGCGAAGAUAACAAAAAAGCUUCAGGAUACUCAGAUGUGCACAAGAACAGUUUCUGUUUGGACUUUCCUUCACGAACUAGAAAGAGUUUAUAAUGCAAAGAUCUCCAGAUCCCAGCAUGACGCGCAUGAGUUAACUCAGCUCAUUAACGAGACAUUAGAGACAGAAAACCUUGUUUGCUCAAAAUUGCUGAGAAAUUUGCUCCUGGAGUUACUGAAGUUUGCAAACAAGGAAGAUUUGGAAGCCAUCGAGAUCCCGGAUUUCCCGUUCAAUGGCUUGCUUUUGUCACAAAUGAGAUGCUUAUCGUGUUCCUACUCCUCAAAGCCAAGUUUCAGCCCCUUUCUUAUGUUGACAUUGCAUCCUCCACAAACAGCUUCUAGUGAUUUAGAAACUCUUUUAGAUGAAAACGAGAUGGAGAAAAUUGCGGGGUAUCACUGCUUGAAAUGUCGCAUCACUGCGAUACUCCAUAAUGAGACAGAUGAGCAGGACCAUCAAAGUGAUCCCGAUGAGCAUUUGAUGCUGUUGCGGCAACUUGACAAGAACCCGGAAUUGUUUAUCAACGAAGAUCUCCCACCUGCGUUGGAGAACUAUAUCAAAGAUUACAAGAAGGGCAAACUAGAUGCCAAUUCUGUAACGUCCACUGUCAUUCGCAAAACUCAGAUUCUCAAACCCCCUAAAGUAUUUGGUAUUCAUUUGUCCCGUUCAGCUUUUAAUGGCAUAAGUGUGACACGCAAUCCUUGUCGUGUAUCGUUCAAUGAUAAGUUGACAUUAUCCAUCGGGAACGAGUAUGUGGAGGAGUUGCGAAAAUUUAACAACGCCAUCCCCGAGAAGAAGUUUGAGCCUCGUCAAUCUAACAUUUUAACAACUGACAGCGACGACAUGGAAGACGAAAGCGUUCAGCAGGAAGACAUUGACGAGCAUGGAUUCGAAACUGACACACAGGAAGAUGAUAGUGAUACAGAUAGGGCCACAGACUCCCUGAGCACAUCUGACUCGUCGUCUGUCUCCACGGAAGGUACAGAUUUUCCUUCAAUGGAAACUGACAACUCAUCAAAAGGUUUGAGCGAGGGAAGGUCAGAAGUUUUGAACAAUAAAACCAUGACUGGAAGUCAUUCAGCAAGCUUGAAGGGCCACUUUCGGAGGUUUCAGUUUGACGAUGAAAAUGUAUACAAAUAUCGCUUACGUGCCAUGAUUAAGCAUCAGGGCUCGCACACCCAAGGUCAUUAUGAGUGCUAUAAACGGAAACCUUUAUUCGCGAGAGACAGCGCUGGCAAUAUUUUAAAGAUCUCACCGGAGAUAAAUGAAGAUGUUUUAAAAGAAGCCCAAUCUUUCAAAUCAAAUUCAGCAAAUAUGGUCAACGAAGAGGUGAAUCACGAGAGGGCAGCUCUUACAGAAAGCACAGGCGCCUUUCGAAACAAAUUCUCAAGUUUGAUCGGUCGCAGGCCCUCAAUAUCCCAAACAGAUCCAAAGUGCGCUAAUCUCCAAGAGAUAGCUAACUCAGGACUAGCUACCCCAGCGGAGGUGUUGGUGGAUCAGGGUGAUUACUUCCUGGGUGCCUCUGUCGCUGAAUUAGAUGAGCAAUUAAGCAAAGUGAAGCUUUCCAAUGACAGCAUGAAUAACUCAAGAAUGAAAAUGAAAAAAAUUCCAUCGCUCAUCAAGCAUCCCUUCUGGAAAGUGGGCGACUCCCAAGUCGCAGAAGUCUCUAAGUCUUCAGUGCUUUUGGAAACUGCGAGUGUCUACAUGCUAUAUUAUGAGCGAGCAGAUAGAAAACAAAUAGAAGUAUAG